GUAUGAAAAUAAUUAGCCCAUAAGAGCCCCCGUGAUUCAGAUAUAACUUCUGGUGUAUAGCCCACAUGAUCAGAUGCAUCAAGGAAACAUGGUCGGAUAGAUGUCAAACGAAAUAAAACUUUCCAUCGUUAAGGUUUCACAAUCUAUAAAUGGCAUCCGAAGAGUCAACCCAAGGCCAACAUUUCGUCGAGUGUGAUCUGUGUCAGAAACCAGUGUCCUUUUUCUGCAGACGAUGUGGAGUCAAUCUCUGUGACUCUUGCAUUCCAGUUCACGUACGCUUGAAAUCUAAAACAGGUCAUGACGUCGUGUAUUUUACCAGCAGGGAGGAUGAAAACACAUGCCUGUGUGAGUCCCAUCCCCUUAACGAUUGUUCCGCUUAUUGUAAAACGUGCGAUGGUCCAAUAUGCUUCCUUUGUGUUUCUAUCACACACAAGACACACGAAAUUUCAGAGCUGUCCGAUAAAAUCAAAGAACUUAAUAGACAAGGUAAAACUGAACAACUUUUAAAUGUUAUUGCAAAGGAAAACGAAAGACUUCAGUCGUCCAAACAGGAUUUAGAAAAAAUUCUGAAUCAUACGACAAAACAGCUGUCAUGGUUACCCUUGAAUUACAAAAAGAGAAAAGAUGAAGUUACAGCACGGGGAGAAGAGUGGCACGAACAGAUCGAGGAGACCGUGAAGAAACUUCACCAGGAACUUGAUGACAUGCAAGAGGAACACGAGGUUGAACUACAAAAACAAAAGAAAGAAUUUGAAGAAAUGAUUGAGAAAGUAGAUGAAAUAAACAAAACAGUGAUCGAAUUACAUAAAUCAAAAAACGCCAUAGAAAUACAAAGAUUCAAGCCAAUGAUUGAAAAACAAGAGACCUUGAAAGAGUUCUCACAGUAUUCAUUUCCGACAUUUUAUGAAUGCAAAAUAGAUCCAAAUUAUUUACAAACUUAUUUCGGAUACGUUACAAAAACACAGGAACACAGGUCGGUCUUCGAAAAUAAAUUCAAAGAAAAUGAUUUACCGGGUAGAAGAAUAUUAGAUGUACCAACAGUUACUUCUGUUAUAGACACUGGGUUCCCUGCUAGUGAAAAGUCUAAAUCUCGUCUGUAUGACAUGGCCGUUACCGAGGAUAACAAGGUGUGGAUGGGAGGAGAGAGCAGAGAACUUAAGUUGUUUGAUCUCCAGGGACACCUCCACCACACCGUCAAUAUUACUGGCAUCAAUUCUUGUCUGUACUUAUGUAUGUACAACAAACAAGUAGUGUAUACUGACCCACCAAAUAAGUCCGUGAUAAUGAUAUCUGACACCGACACUGUGGUGACGAUGUUCACUACCGGGGACUGGAUGCCAUACGGCGUUUCAAGCGCCGCGUCCGGUGAUCUACUGGUCUGUCUCGGUAAAGACGACCAGAACAAAGUCGUCCGAUACAGCAGUACCGGUACCGCGCUCCAGGAAAUCCAGUACGACUCACAGUGUCAACCACUGUACAAAGAGGUGGUAUACAUCACUGAGAAUGUCAAUGGGGACAUCAUUGUAACUGACUCGGGGAAAAAAGCAGUCAUUGUUGUCGAUAGAUUAGGCAUAUUCCGGUACUCGUACUCGGGUGUUAAAUCUUCUACGGUAACCACUGAUUCUGUCGGUCACGUCAUCGUUACAGAUUUUCUCGGUAACAAGAUUCACAUGCUGGACAGAGACGGACGAUUCCUGAGGUACAUCAUUCCUGAAGGAGGAAUAAAAAAUCCACGGGCCGUGUGUAUCCUUGGUGACGGUGAGAUGAUGGUGGGAGAGUGUAACACCGGAAUCGCCAAAAGAAUCAAAUACUUAGAAGAAUGAAGGCACAUCAGUGUUGUUUAACAAUUUCCUAUAGUUCGUGAAAUUAAACGAGAUUUAAGCAAUCGGACAAAAAAGUUUCAAAAAUUAAGUUAAUGACAAAAUCCAAAGAUAUAAAAAUAUAUAUUUUAUUUUUAAAUUUUAUUUUGGUAUUCAUGAAUAAUGCACAAAGUAUAAUUU